UAUGAUGGAAAUUUUCCUAUUCGAAGUCUGAAUCGACUGAACUUGGAACAGGAUUAUGUGCCGACUGUUUUUGACAAUUUUAGUGCAAACGUGGUUGUGGAUGGGAGCACUGUUAAUUUAGGACUUUGGGAUACAGCAGGUCAGGAGGAUUACAAUAGAUUAAGACCCCUGAGCUAUCGAGGGGCUGAUGUCUUUAUACUUGCAUUUUCUCUGAUUAGCAAGGCUAGCUAUGAAAAUAUAUCAAAAAAGUGGAUUCCUGAAUUGAGGCAUUAUGCUCCUGGAAUUCCAGUAGUUCUUGUUGGAACAAAGCUUGGUUAGAUUCUCUUUCCUAUCCUUUUCGUUGUUCUAGUUAGUUCUACUAUUGGCUAUUUUCAGACAUUUGCAUCUAGCAUUCUGUCAUAAAUGUUAG